AUACUCCUCACCACUCGCCUCCUCGCCAUUCUCCCUUCCUCCCGCGCAAAGCCCGCACCGCGCAUCCGCGGCUCACCAACACACAUCCUCAUCGUGCUCGGCAGCGGCGGCCACACAGCCGAGAUGCUCACGAUCCUGCGCGAUCUGGACCCUUCCACAUACACGAACCGCACAUAUGUCGUGGGCUCGGGUGACGCGUUCAGCGCGAGCCAUGCGCGGAAAUUCGAGGCGCAGCUGGAGCAGAGGCAUGCAAAAACGGGGGGAACAUGUACAUGGAGGUACGCGAUUGUGACUGUGCCACGGGCGCGGCGGGUGCAUCAGUCACUGCUUACGACGCCGGUGUCUGCGCUGCAGUGUUUGUGGUGUUGUUUGCAGCUGUUGCGGAAUGCGGAGGCUGGGUAUCCCGAUCUGAUACUGACGAAUGGACCGGGGACUGGGGUGAUUGUUGUUCUGGCCUCGCUGGUGUUACGGUUAUGUAAUGUUGGAGGAGCGAGUUCACAGGAUAAGAUGCGGACUUUAUAUAUCGAGAGCUGGGCGCGGGUGAAGAGUUUGAGUCUGAGCGGAAGGCUGCUGUUGAGAGUCGUCGAUCGG